ACCAUGCAGUAUCUCCUACUUUGUGCUGCCAUCCUCCUACCUGAGAGUCUUGCUUUUCCAGUACACAUGAAACUCGAACCAUGGAGCAACGUAGACCUUGAGAAAGUAAAGGUAUAUCUUGAUAAAUUCUUUCCACUUUUUCCAAAAACAAAAAGCUUAACCUUAGAAGACAGAAUUAAAGAAAUGCAGAGGUUUUUCCACCUGACUGUAACUGGAACAUUAAAUACAGAAACAGAAGAAACAAUGAAACUGCCCAGAUGUGGAAUACCCGACAUAGCAGAAUACCAAACAUUUCCUGGAACUCCAAGAUGGAAAAAAACACAUUUGACUUACAAGAUUGUCAAUUAUACUCCUGACCUACCCAGAAGGAAAGUGGAUGAUGCAAUUAGAAAGGCUUUAAUGCUAUGGAGCGAUGUGACUCCACUGAACUUCCAAAGAGUACAGCGUGGCCGUGCAGACAUUGAGAUUGGAUUUGCACGUCGUGAGCAUGGUGAUGGAUAUCCUUUUGAUGGAAGAGGUAACACACUAGCCCAUGCAUUUGCACCUGGAGAAGGGAUUGGUGGAGAUGUUCAUUUUGAUGAGGACGAAAAAUGGUCAGAGUUCAAUCAAGAGGUUAAUUUGUUCCUUGUUGCUGCUCAUGAGUUUGGCCAUUCUUUGGGACUUGCUCAUUCAAAUGUCCGUGGAGCUCUGAUGUACCCUAUCUACUCAUAUCAGAACCCAACAACCUUCAGACUUCCAGAAGACGACAGGCGAGGAAUUCAGAAGUUAUAUGGCCUGGAUGAAUGUGUAAUGGAAACAAGGAGAGCACUAGGAUCCUCCUCCUUCCAAAACACAAUAGAAGAAGCCAAAAAUGAGAAAGAGUCAGUGAGCACAAGCCAGCGCCCAUACAAAAACAAGACAGCAAAAUACUACUUGCAACAGCAGCAGUCAUGCAUGACCUACAGAGGCCAGAAUUAG